AAGACAUGCAGAUCAGGACGCAGCUGAAGCGUUCCGGGAUUCUCAGGAUGGCUGUGGCCGGCGACUCGGACGGGGUGGACGCCAAAAGGGAGACGUUCCUCCUGCGGGCGCUGAGGAUCGCGGCGGUGGUGGCGCUGUACUGGUUCGUGUCCAUCACCAUGGUGUUCCUCAACAGCUACCUGCUGGCCAGCCGGGAGCUUAACGCGCCACUCUUCGUCACCUUCUACCAGUGUGUGGUCACCGUGGCGCUCUGCUGGCUCAUGCAGCUCCUGGCCCGGGCGUGGCCGGGAAUCAUCGACUUCCCGGCCGUCAGCCUCGACCUGAAGACCUGCCGGGAGGUGCUGCCGCUGUCGGUCGUCUUCAUCGGAAUGAUCACCUUCAACAAUCUGUGCUUGAAGGAUCUCGGGGUGGCCUUCUACACGGUGGGCCGGUCCCUCACCACGGUCUUCAACGUGCUUUUCUCUUACGUCAUCCUCAAACAGACCACGUCCGUCCGGGCCUUAAUGUGCUGCGGCCUCAUCGUCGGUGGGUUCUGGCUUGGAGUCGACCAGGAAGGCACGUCCGGGUCCCUUUCUUGGUUCGGUGUCAUUUUUGGGGUUUUCGCUAGUGCCUGCGUGUCUCUCAAUGCCAUCUACACCAAGAAAGUCUUGCCGGCGGUUGACGGAAACAUCUGGAAACUGUCUUUCUACAACAAUGUCAAUGCCAGCAUGCUCUUCAUACCGCUCAUUAUUGUGUUUGGCGAGGUGGGCCAUGUUGCCAGAUUCAGCCACCUCUUGACAUCAGCUUUGGGGAUAAUGACUGUUGGGGGAGUGUUUGGAUUUGCCAUCGGCUAUGUUACAGGGCUUCAGAUUAAAUACACCAGCCCACUCUCGCACAAUGUCUCGGGAACAGCAAAGGCGUGCACACAGACUGUUAUCGCAGUGAUUUACAAUGCCUCGAGUAAAAGCCUGCUUUGGUGGACCAGUAACAUCAUGGUUCUCACUGGCUCAUCAGCCUAUACUUGGGUCAGAGGUCUAGAAAUGAAGAAGACUCCCCCCACCUCGCUUGAGGACACUGCCAAGGAAAAUCUCCUGCCAGAGGAGAAAAGCACCAUGGGGGUUGAAGUGUAGCAACAUUGGGACUGAGAAUUUAAGGGCCCUGUCACACCUUGAUGAUUAGCCAGCAUAUGCUGACAGCCCUAUUUCCACCAGGUGGUCCGGGUCGGUACUGCAUGGCAUGCUGCAGGUUGGAAGAGUUAAGGGCCCUGUCCCACUGGCGUUUAGGAGGAUUUGCGUAUGGAUUGCGCACAAAAUUGGCCCAUAUUCGCCAAACAUCCGCAGUAUCCGUGUAACAUGCCUGUAUGAGUCGGCCGUCAUCCCAACACGCCCGUGAUCAUCCGCAGAGGCACACACGUCCGAAGCCAGGAUUUUUGAACUUUUCAAAAAUCUGAAUGCGGAUGACAUCCGCCUUACCUAUUCCAUAUAUACUCAAUUCAUACACAAUACAUACUCACUCUAUGCGCUGUAUAUCUGCCAACCGCUGAUAUCCGCAACUGAC